AUGCUCCGCAUCGCAUCCGCAGAGAUCCCCCACUUUCACGCGCCCGGCGUGGCCGGCCAUCCGGGGCGGCUGGUUCUGGGGCGGCUCAAGGGCGUGCCGGCGCUCGUGCUGCAGGGGCGUUUCCACUACUACGAGGGCCACCCCAUGGACGAGGUCAUCCUGCCCAUCCGCAUGGCCAAGUACCUGGGCUGCCACUCCGCCAUCAUCACCAACGCGGCCGGCGGCCUCAACCCGGGCUUCAGCGCGGGGGACCUCAUGAUCAUAGAGGUGGGAGGGGGGACUCUUUGA